AUGCGCCGCCGCGCGUGCCGACCCCGCGGCUCAAGCCGGAACGAUGUCGACUUGCAGCUCUACGCCAUCAUCGCAAUCAUCAUAAGAGACUUUGUGCAGAACUGGUACAACAAGAUCACGCCUGAUGAGACAUUCGUCGCCGAGAUUGUCCAGAUCAUCGCUCAUUGCACCCGUGCCCUCGAGCAGAGAUUGAGGAAGGUGGACCUGGAGGCAUUGGUCUUUGACGAGUUGCCUGAUCUAUUGGACAAGCAUGUCCAGGUAUAUCGCGCAGCCCACAAGGGCACCAUCAGACCACCAAUCGAGGCGAACCCUCGCGAGAUCUACCAUUCACUAUUCCCACUGCCCCCUCUUUCUCCAGUUCCAAGCCCGGACCGUCCCACUAGUGUCAUCGAGCAGGUGGAAAACGAGGCCGCCUAUCGUCAGCUCUUGGUCCAAGGCGUUCUAGCUGUUCUCCUUCCGACGGAGGACCUGGAAAAUGGCCCCCUGACAGCUUUGGUUGGUCAGAUAUUUUCAGAGAUGAUUAUCGGGGGCGUGGUCGCUAAGAAGGCUUCGGAGCCAUGGAUGAUCUUGGAGGGCCUCUCAAUCCUGGCAAGGGUUAUUCAACGACCCAGAAGCGAGACAACCGACGAAAGUGGAAGCUUGCAGGUGCCUCCCGAGAACGCGAAGAAGUCGUUCUCGAUUCAAGGACUGUUCUGGGCCAUCGUACAAUGGGGCUUUGCCCUGCUCACCAUUUUCAAGCUGUUCAUUACCACAGUGGCUAUGUCAAGGUCUCUCCCGAAACGGGCUGAUAACGGUCUCCUCGAGAAGGAGAAGUUGACUCGUCACACGGCCGACUCGCAGUCACAAAAUCCUCCGUUUUCAACUGAGGAGCCAGUCAAAAUACCCAUCCUGGCAUUCAGACUCUGGCCCACCAUAUCGAAUUUGCUCGAAAUGGAUCUCCGCAUGCCGUGGCUUUGCGGCACCUUGUCAAUGCUGCAAUGGAUUGCUAUCACAGGUCCCGGCAAUGUUGCUGGAGUGGAUGGAGUCAUUGAUAGGUAG